UUUUGUUUGUUUCUAUUAUUAGCAUUUUGUUCUCGAGGAGCACAUGACCGAGGUUCGCUGCUCCUGUAUCACACCGGAGAAUGUCCUUAAGGCGUCCGGUCACGUGGACAAGUUUACUGACCUUAUGGUGAAGGAUGAGGAAACUGGGACUUGCUAUCGAGCUGACCAUCUGCUCAAAGAUUUCUGUAAUGAGAAGCUCCGGAAGGAUUUGAGCAUUAGCGCAGAGAAGGCCGUGGAGCUAAAGCAUGUACUUGCAACUCUGGAUGAUCUCUCUGCUGAUGAAUUGUGUGCCAAGAUAAAAGAAUAUGGCAUCACAGCUCCGGACACCAAAAAUCCUCUUUCCGAUCCAUAUCCAUUCAACUUGAUGUUUCAAACGUCCAUAGGCCCAUCUGGUUUGCUCUCUGGGUACAUGCGACCUGAAACUGCACAAGGCAUCUUUGUGAAUUUCAAAAAGCCGUAUUGUGUGAGCAGCAAUAAACUCCCCUUUGCUGCCGCUCAGAUUGGUCAGGCUUUCAGAAAUGAGAUUUCUCCUCGCCAAGGUCUUCUGAGUGCUCGUGAGUUCACUCUCGCUCAGAUCGAGCAUUUUGUUGAUCCAGAAAAAAAAUCCCAUGAAAAGUUUUCUGAAGUUGCAGAUUUGGAAGUUCUCAUGUUCCCAAGGGAACGACAAAUGUCUGGCCAAUCUGCUAUUAAAACUCGGCUUGGUGAAGCAGUUUCAAUGGGAACUGUUAACAAUGAGACCCUCGGCUACUUCAUUGGGAGAGCAUAUCUAUUUUUAACUCGCCUUGGCAUAGACAAGGAUCGCCUGCGGUUUAGGCAGCAUCUUGCAAACGAAAUGGCUCACUACACAGUAGAUUGUUGGGAUGCUGAAAUUGAGUGUUCCUAUGGUUGGAUCGAGUGCGUUGGUAUUGUGGAUAGGUCAGCAUAUGAUUUACGAGCACAUACGGAGAAAAGUGGAGUUGCUCUUGUUGCACAUGAAAAAUUUGCUGAACCCAGAGAAGUGGAGAAAUUAGCGAUUGCUCCAAACGAGAAGGAACUAGGUCUUGCCUUCAAGGGAAAUCAAAGGAUGGUGGUUGAAUCUCUGGAGGCAAUGGGUGAAGAGGAAGCUUUGCAUUUGAAGGCUGCUUUAGAAUCCAAAGGAGAGGCUGAAUUUCUCGUAUGCACAAUGGGGAAGAGCGUGAUAAUCAAGGAUACCAUGGUCAAGAUUUCUAAGCAGAAGAUAAAGGAACAUCAGAGGGUGUUUACGCCGUCUGUUAUCGAACCGUCUUUUGGCAUCGGACGCAUAAUAUACUGCCUUUACGAGCAUUCUUUCUAUACAAGGCCCAGCAAAGCGGGGGAUGAACAGCUAAAGGUGUUCCGCUUCCAUCCACUUGUAGCACCUAUCAAAUGUACAGUUUUCCCAUUGAUACAGAAGUCAGAAUACGAGUCGGUUGCCCGACGAAUUAGCAAGUCGCUAACUGCUGCUGGCGUUUCGCACAAGAUUGACAUCACAGGCAACAGCAUAGGGAAGAAGUAUGCGAGAGCCGACGAACUUGGAGUGCCCUUUGCGAUCACCGUCGAUUCACAAGUUGAGGUGACCAUCCGAGAGAGGGACAGCAGAGAUCAAGUUCGAGUAAGUGCGUGGGAAGCGGCCUCGGUUGCGAAGGAGUUGAUCGAUGGGCACAGGACAUGGUCCGAUCUCACAUCUGCAUCUACUAUGCACGACGGAAAGAAAUUUACCUCUUGUUUUUGUGGACGGUAUUAGAGGAGUUGAGUUGCUGAAAUCAUUGUUUACUUAACUUUACAUCAGUUAGAAUCAAACAAAUCAUAUAAUUAGUCACAUAUUUGG